AUGAUAAGAGGCAACAUAGGUGCUGUUGCCAAAUUCCAGAGUAGAUGUGCAGGAGAGCGAAAGAAGCGUCGGGACUUUUUAACUCGACUAGAAAGGAACACGGCGAUCCCCUCGCUAAACUUGCCGCCAAGUUCCCUCCUCGCCACCCCGGGGUGCGGGGAAAGCCCCCUCCCGCCCCGGGGCCCCGGCGACAGUGGGGGAAGCUGGCUCGUCAGGCUCCUUCCCUCCUACUCCCCGCGCUCCCCGCAGGGCGGGCCGGGGCGGGGAAAGAGGAGCGCGGCGCGGAGGGCCGCGGGCGGCCCGGGAAGGGAGGAGGGAGGCUUGGGAGGCUGGCGAGCGGUUUUAUUGUUUCCUUUCGCCCUCCUCCUCCCGCGCCUCGGCCCUAGCGUCACUGGAAAGCCGCCCGAGCCGCCCGGCGGGUGGUUAUUUAUAGCGCGGGCUGCGCGCGCGUCACGGAGCCCGGCCGGGCUGACGGGGCCGCUGACGCGCUUGGCCGCGGGGCCGAGUCCGCGGGGCUGCGCGCCGGGCGCCGGCGACAAUGGGCUUCUGUGUGUGCAGCUGCCGCCGCCGUCGGGGGCCGGGGGAGGGGGGCGAGCGACUCCCCGCCUCCCCUUCCUUUCGGCCGCGACCCCCGGAAAGGCUCCGCUUUCACUUCCCGCGUCCCACCACCCCCAAACCGCCCCAACGUAACGAGAGAGGGGGACCUAUCCGGCCUGGGGCGCCACUUUGUGCGCCCGGGGAGCGGGACGUACCAGGCGCGCCCAGCGGGGGGAUGCGGUGACCGAGGGGCCGGGAGCGCCAGGCAGGUAACGUACCCUGUACCUAGAGUGGAGGGCUUUGUCUGGGGCGGGAGGAGGGGAGCAGGGGUGGGUGUGAACGCCUGGCGGCCCUUCUGCGACUCCUCUCCCCCUCCUCCGCCCCCUUCGCCUGCGCGCAGGAAGCCAAUCGGCUUGCAUAGCGCGAAGAGCGAAAGAGAAACUUCUCCUGCGUGACUGACUAGAUGAGGCUCCUCCCGAGAAGCCGAGAUAAUAGAGGCCCCGCUCUCGCGGCCAGCCCGCCCGCCUCUCCUCCCCCGCCUCUCCUCCCCCGGCGGCUCCCUCCCGUCGCCCCACUCCGCGAAGGCUGCGGACCGGCCCCCAACAUCUGCCCCACCACCUCUGGCGGGUAAAGGCCGUGAACGCUCCCGCCCUGCGGAAGGUGGGGCCGGCGCGGAUUUUAGGGACUUCCUGGGACGCGGAGACCGGCUCUGAACCAUCCAUCCCCUUUCAGCUGCCGGGAGCCAGGGAAAGCUCGCUCUGGAGCGCCUCGCACGUGGCAGGCAGGCAGAGAACUUGCUGUACCUUCUAGGAAAUUGCAAUCGAUUUGUAAUGCACUUUCGCUAAUUGGAAGUUCAAAAUUAAACUUUAAUAAAGCAUUUGUGUCGUCUCGUCUAAUUGUGAAAGCUUCCAUCCGUCCUGGUAGAUAGACUCUGAGUCUCGAGUUAAUGGCGCUAAGCUAGAUUUCCCCCCCAAGUACAAUUCCGUCAGCCGUCGUCGGCGCAGCUGGAUUUCCGUAAGGUACAGAUGUUGCUAAUGACAGCUUAAGCACGGAUGGGCAGAUAGCAUACGGAAUGCAACAUGUUGCCAUAUGGUUCCUUUAGCCUUUCACCUCCAGGGAUAUCAAUCACAUAUAUUCUGGGAGGAACUUAAUGACUCUCUGAACAGCAAAAUGAAUUACCUGGUACAAUUUAUAUCCCUUGACCUGAUACGUUAUAACAACAGGAAGAUAGCAUCUCGCAAUUUCUGUAGUAUAAAUUGAGCUACAGAGCUACAUUUCAAAUUCUACAACAUCUAUUUGUAGUUUGAGGGGCCCUGUCAUAUUCUGGCUGUAAAACCUUUCUGUAUUGCCCAUUUCCUUUCCCCUUCUACCUCUGGACGAAGCAGAAUUCAUAAAGUUUAGCAAAACUGUGUCGGAAAUUGCCAAUCAACCGGUUAAUAGAUGAAGUAUGGAGAAAUGGAAAAUAUGACUUCCAGAGCUAGUUAAUUAAACAGGAAUUAGCCAUCUUUAGGAAAACCAUACUUUCAAGCGUACAAAAUUAAAGGACUCCGGAAAAUGUGUUUUCUGCUAGUUGUUUCAGUAUAGCUCCUAAAUCUAUUCAUUAACUAUUUGAAAUUCUCCAUUUAUUUUCAAACUUCAACCAUUCCUACACUUUGGAAAUUACAGAAAACAGUUCUCAGAAAUAUGAAAUACAGAAAAUGUUUAAGUAGCACCUCCUCAUCAAACCAGUUUCUGUACCCACUGCCCCAUGCACUCACUAUUGAUGUAGCUUAAUUUGAAGCAUGUACAUGGUGGUACUGGUAGUUUGCUUUUUCCUACCAACAUGUCUGUGACAACAUACUUAAGUUGCUGCUUCUCUCCUAGUGGAAUGAUUCUGCAAUAUUUCACAGGUCUCAUUUUUAAAUAUACUGCUGACUAAUAAAAUGUCUUAAUUGAUUGCCUUUAAUCUCAGAUUAUAAACGUGGUUGUCUUUUAUUGUAUCCUUUAUUUUCUAUUCACUAACACAGAUCACACGGAAAGACAAUACCUUAAGGGCAAAAAAGUAACUUACUACAAUUGCUAAACUUUAUGUUUACUUUUGCCUACAAAGGGAUAUCUGAAAGCUAGAGAUAUACUUUUAAAACUUUUUGCUUCUGGCACUAUGUAAACAUUAAUUCCUGUAAACUAAUGACCAGCAGAAUAACUAAAAUAGACAUGAACAGUCUGAAAAAGUAUUUACUUUCAGUCAAGUUUCAGAAAGUGUUAACAUUUUGAAGCUUUGUCUAUAUAUCAUGUUCUUUCAGAAUUAUUUUGAAAUUACAAGAAGAUGCUUCUCCUUUUUUUUUUCUUUUGUAAUGGCUGAUUUGUUACCCAGUGCUUGAGUUAGUUUCAUACUUUUAAUAAUUAUUAUCAAAUAAAAUCUUUUUUGUGUGUAUAUAGGGGAAAAGCUUAUACAGCACACAUUAAAAUAUACCUACGUUAUGGCAAUGUUUUCUGGAGCUGUUUUUUGUAUCUUUUAAUGGCUGAGGUUUUAUUUCUCCUUGUAGCAUCUGCACUUGAUGUGUUUUAAACAUGAAAAGUAGUGAUGGUGAGCUUGUCAAUGACUCCAUCUCCAUGACUUUUGAAUAGGCAGUGAGUAUGUCCUUUAAUCAGUCACACAGUACUUGCUUUAUAAAGCUGUUAUUGUCAUGAACAGAUAUUGCAGUCUUUUGUCAGGCCCAGUGAUUAUUAAAGUGUUCCUUCUUCAAAAGCCAGGCCGAAAGUCCUGCUGUGCUUCAUUUCAGAAUUGAAGUCCAUUAGUAAAUAAAAUCCCAAGUAGCACAAUUUGCUUUUUCUCAAGUUAUAGGCUUACAUAUAUUUCAUUAAUAAUCUUGGGCCCUUUUGUAGACAUAACUAGGUAUAUUUUUGGUAUGUAUAUAUGGCAACAAAAAUAAAAUACGUAUCUUGCAGCAUGCCUUUUAUUUUAAAUGAAGAUUUGAUACCCAUUGUUACUAUAAAUGAGGUGGCUGGCUGCCAAGGGAAACCCUAUAGCCAGAAAGUACUAGAAUUGUUACUGUCUACAGGGAAUCACAUUUUAUUUUUUGAGUUCUCAACUUCACCUCCUUCUCUAAUAUUGCCCUUCCAUAUUGCUAAUCUGAGAAUUAGUCUGAAUGUAAAAACUUUUGAAAAUAUGUUUGUGUUGUCCAAGAAAAUUUUCACCAGUGUUUCUGAUUGCCUGCUGGUUUUUGGCCUUUAUCUUGAGUGGGCAUGUUUAUUGUAAUAGAAUGAAGAAAGACUAUUAGAAUUAGGUAUAUACCCCAUGCUAAGUAACUUUAAAUGUGAUGUAAUCCUAGCUGCUUUCUUAUUUACCCAUGAAUACAUUUAAAAUAUGAUUGGCCAGGUGUCUGUUUUUCUCAAGGUAACGUGGGACAGCUAUGGAUAGGCAUUUGGCCUCUAGUAGAACUCUUCAUUUAAGUGAGUGUGGCUGAGAAGAACAACCAGGAAAGAGUAUAGUGCUCAGUUGCACUUGCCCUGUUGGCUUUUCAAAUGCAAAAUCCAUGCUGUUCCAUUUGGAAACUUGUUUCUCUCUUCUUUUAUGGUAUUUCAUUUAAGAUUUUUUUUUUUAACUGCCGGUCUGUGAAUAGUUCACCAGCAAAGUAGGAAACAGCCUUUUAUUCUCAACUGUAUAUAGCUUUUGUCUUUAAUCUAGGUUAGUAUGGGUGUCAUGUAAAUACCAUAUAAAAAUUUGACUUUGGUUGUCCUUUGAAGAUUGACAGGGACUUCUUUAAUUAAUCUUGUUUCCUUUCAUGCUCUGUAUUGAGAUAUUGAAAUACAGUAUUUUAUACAUUUAUAGGAUUGUGUUUGCAUGUAUUUAAUUUAUGUUUCUUUUUUUGAAGCAUGUAGCCUUGAAUGUUUGUUCUACCUUUUUUUUUUUUUUUCACAUCAUUACUCUGGUACUGCUUGAUGUAACUUGAUUAGCUCCCUCCCCAGUCAUGAUUGGUAAUUAAAAUAGGCAUUAAAAUUAGUCACUUAGCAAUUUUGCUGUUCAAUUGGCAAUUAAAUUACUUAAUUGCAAUUAAAGUCCUAAUUUUAAUUGGCAAAAUGAUAGAUGUAGAUUUAAGAUAAUAUGUAUAAAUACUUUAAUAAGUGUCUAUAUAAGGAUUACUUAAUUACUCAACUUCAAGUUUAUGCUGUUAACUUUAGAACUUUUAAGUGAGCAAUGAAAUUUAUAUUACAUCUAUUCAAAGGAUAUGGUAAUUAGAUUUAUUACUUAUCACUAUAAGGGUCCUUGCUUUAAGUUACUUUUGUAGUGUUAAAAUUGUAGGUUUGAUAAUUGCAGAAUUUUGAUGAGGAAAGGGCAUAUAUGUCUCUGUUGCAAUAUUAUCAAUACCUUCGUUUUUUUAAAUUAAAUUGAGACAUUUCUGUCCACCAAUUACUCUGAGGAAAAAAAAAAAAAGCGGUUAUUUUAUCAUUAAAGAUAGAAUCAAAACUAGCCAGCUGUGAUUUACAUAUAAAAACUUGCAAAAUGUAUGUAUUUUAUCUACAUUUAAAUAAAUGCUAUCUAAUACUCAUAGUGUUACUAAUGGUAUUAACUACUCUUAGAGUUUGCAGAUAUUUGAUAUUUUCUUAGCAUGUAGCAACUUAUUUUUAGAACCUUUAAAAUGUCUUUUAGGACUAUAUACAUUUUAGUGAUGCCUACGUUUAUUAAAAUUAGCAAUGAAAUCUAAAACCAAAGUUAUUCUUCUUUGCCUAGUAAAAAAUAGUUCUUAAGAAAAUAUUAAGUGGUUAAUUUAAAAGCAAGUAUUUAGGAAUUGGUUACUGUGUGUCAAGUAUUAACAAAAAGAUGAAGGAUUUUUAUUAUGCAAAAUACUUUUUGAGUGGCAUGAGGUUUUACCAUAUGUUUAGUUUUAUAAUUUUAAUUCACAAGAAGAUGCUCCUAGAAAAAAAGUGCUGUUUUUUUCCUGCACAUCUUUACACAUUUCUAGUACUGAGUUCUGUAUCAAAGUAAAAUAAUUUUUAAAGUAUUUGCGUUAAGUGGUUUUUGAUAAAAAUCAGCUGAGUAAUA